GGCAAGGGCGGAGGCAGGGAUUGCGGGAAGAGUUGAAACCUAACAGCGGAAGUCCCGCCCAGCCUGGGCGAACUUCCGCCUCCAGCAGCCUGGAGCGUACGCCGGCGGAGUGGAGCCCGCGGCCCCGAGAUGGUGCUGCUGGAGAGCGAGCAGUUCCUGACGGAGCUGACCAGGCUUUUCCAGAAGUGCCGGUUGUCGGGCAGCGUGUUCAUCACCCUGAAGAAGUAUGAUGGUCGAACUAAACCCAUUCCAAGGAAAGGUUCUGUGGAGGGCUUUGAGCCCUCAGACAACAAGUGUCUGUUAAGAGCUACCGAUGGGAAAAAGAAGAUCAGCACUGUGGUGAGCUCCAAAGAAGUGAAUAAGUUUCAGAUGGCUUAUUCAAACCUACUGAGAGCAAACAUGGAUGGGCUGAAGAAGAGGGACAAAAAGAGCAAGAAUAAGAAGAGCAAAGCAGCACAGUGAGGGGUACCAGGUUUCUGCUUUCACCAGCUAACUGUUCAUUCGCUCUUUUUUCUUUGGUUUUUACUUUUGGCCACAAAGCUAGGGCUCUGGUUCCCUACAGUAACUGUUUUAAUGUGAGAUUAGGAUCAUUUUGGAUAGAAGAAGGGCUGAAAUGUUUACAUGGUAGUUGUAAGAAGCCAGUUUAUUUUAGAUCUGGCUAAUUGCUCUGUGUUGCAUGAUUGUACAUUCCUGGAUUGUAAAGUCUCUGUAGCCAUCUGUGUGAAGAGCAAUUUAUCAUUAAACCUGUAUUGAAUAGCA